CCAGUUUUAGUUGCUGGUAGCGUUUAAAAAAAAGGCACUGAUUUACCAACAAAACCGCGGCACUGAGUUAGUGACAGAAAUCCUACUUCUCUUUACUGUGCUGAGUUGAGCAGAGAAACCCCCCAGAUUAAGCGGGACCUGAGCAGUUGCUGGGAAAUAACUGUGGAAAUGAAAAUAGAAAGUGAAAUCUCCUUCAUGUUGACGCCUAUAUUGCACCGAGAAAGGGAUCGGGAUAUGUAUCUUUUGAAGUCGGCUGGACGGGAUGUUUCAGCGUGGAUUGCUGCCCCAGGCCUUGUCGCUAUGCCUGUGUUGGGUGUCCUGGAGCAGUCUGCAAGUUUCCGCCAGGGAAUCGAGCGAGAACAUCUUGAAUGCAAGCUCUCAUAAACUUUCUCCUCCAGUCAAUCUGUCUUUGAAGUCACACAAUUUUAAGACCAUAUUAACGUGGGCUGACGUAAAUAAGACAUCUGAAACAACAAACUUUACUGUCCAGUUCAGGGAUUACCAAACUGCUCAAUGGCAGCUGUUCCCACCUUGUUCAAACAUUGCUUUGUAUCACUGCGAUGUCACUGAUGCUUUUAGUGUAAACCUUAGUACAGCAAAUUCCUAUUAUGCCAAAGUCAAAGCGAUCACAAAAUUUGAAGAGUCGCAAUUUGUUCUCACCAAGAGAUUCAGUUUUCAACAGAACGCCACAAUAGGUGCACCCACAGUGGAUAUUUUAGUCCGUGGACACCAAGUAUUUUUGAGAUGUAUAUACCCUUUUUUUCCAAAGCUCACUACAGCAACUGGCCGAAAUAUCGACCACAACUUUCGAUGUGAUAUUUGUGUUUGGCAAGAAGGACGCAACGAAUCGAAAAAUUGUCCAACUAGGAAAUCAAAACUGAAGCUUAAUAUAACACAACCAGGAGUCACUUUAUGUGUGUCCGCUCGAGUGAAUCCAAAGCAAUGGAAAAUGAAAACAGAAUGGUCAACACAAAAGUGCUUCCAAGUCCGGUCCUUAAGUUUGCAAGAAAUUCUACUUGUACUUCUAGCUGUGAUUGCAUUUUCCUUGGGGUUUAUAACUGUCAGAAUCAUCUGGAAAUUCGUAAAGAAGGAAUUAGUCUUACCAAAAUCUUUGAUGCUUAUUGUUAAGGCCAUCAACCCAUAUGCUGACAUGAAGAUUGAAGAGGAUUCAGUAUCUGUUGUGAUUAAAUAUGAGGACGUGUGUCCUGUUGAAAGUAAUGAUUUUUAUGAGGAAGUGACAAAGCCCAUUUCAAAUCCAGAGGUCACUGAACCACUUUCUGUUGAUCUGAAAUAUGCUGGGAAGGGCUGGCCAUAUGAUCAACCUCAAACUCUGUUGAGUAUUACUUAACUUUUAAUUCCCAACAGUGCGUAAGCUGUCAAUGUAGGUCCAUGUCUCAAACAACUGGUAGAUGUUGUGCAUCAUUAUUGUGUAAUGAAUGAUCUGGAGAAUUAUAUAAAAGUUACCAUAUUUAGAGACAGUGCAACAUAAAGUUUAAUAUUGGUUUAACUUACAUUGUAGUGGCAAAAGUUCUCCCAAUGAUUGGGAUUUAUAUGUUCACUGUCUGGUACAU